GUAUAAAUUAUUGCUCGAAGUCUCUAACUCAAACCUUCUGAUCAUAUGGCAGCAAGUAAAAGGUGCUACUAAUUUUAUUUUUAUAUUAAUUUAGAGAAAACUCUAUAUAUACCUCCUAGUUCAUCCCACAAGCUAAUAGAAAAAAAGAUGGUCCUAAAAAGAAAUAAAUACCAUGCCAUUAGCCCAUCAUAACCAUUGACAUCCACAAAACGUAAGAGUAGCAAUGGGAUUCUCCUCCUCAUUAUGGCUGAGAACUCUGUUGUGGGAGGUAAUGUUCCUGCUUCCUCUGCUUUCACCAUAUCAUCUCUUAGCUCUCUCAAAUUCUCCAUUUCCAACCAACAACUUCAUCUUGGGAACUGCUUCAUCUUCUUAUCAGUAUGAAGGUGCUUACAAGAGUGAGGGAAAAGGAUUCAGCAACUGGGAUAACUUCACUCAUGGACCAGGGAGAAGUAGAAUAAUGGAUGGAAGUAGUGGUGAUAUUGCGGUUGAUCAUUAUCAUCGCUACCUGGAGGAUAUUGAUCUAAUAGAUGCUUUGAAAGUAAACAGCCACCGGUUCUCUAUAUCAUGGGCAAGAAUUCUACCAAAGGGUAGAUUUGGAGAGGUCAACUGGGCUGGAAUUGACUUCUACAAUAGACUAAUCGAUGCUCUAUUGCUCAAAGGGAUCCAACCCUUUGUGACUCUUAGUCACUAUGACAACCCUCAAGAGCUGGAGGACAGAUAUGGGGGUUGGCUAAGUCCCCAAUCACAGGAUGAUUUUGCCUAUUAUGCAGACCUAUGUUUUAAAACAUUUGGUGACAGAGUGAAGUACUGGAUCACCUUCAAUGAGCCAAAUAUUGUUGUUCCAAUGGGUUACCGUUCAGGUAUCUUUCCCCCAUGCCGUUGCUCUAGCUCAUUGGCAUUGGUGAAGUGCAGAGAAGGAGAUUCAGAAAAGGAACCCUUUGUAGCAGCACAUAAUAUUAUCCUGUCUCAUGCAGCUGCAGUUCAUAUCUAUAGAACCAAAUACCAGACUAAACAAAGAGGAACAAUUGGUAUAGUCCUUCAACAUGAAUGGUAUGAACCAAUCAGCAAUUCCACAGCUGACAAAUUGGCUACCGAAAGAGCAAGAUCAUUCUUUUUCAAUUGGUUCUUGGACCCAAUCAUGUUUGGAAAGUACCCCACAGAGAUGGAGAACAUCCUUGGAAGCCUCUUGCCCAAAUUUUCAAACAAAGACAAGGAGAAGCUCAAGAAAGGGUUGGAUUUCAUUGGCAUCAAUUACUACACAGCUUACUAUGUCAAAGACUGCAUAUACUCCACAUGUAAGUCAAAAUUUGGAGUCUCCAAAACUGAGGGUUCAUACAUGAAAAGUGGAGAAAAUAAUGGUAUCCCCAUUGGAGAACCUACUUCAUUUAGUUGGCUUAAUAUUUACCCGGAAGGCAUGGAGAAAACUAUUACAUAUGUCAAAAACAGAUACAACAACACUCCAAUGUUCAUUACUGAAAAUGGGUAUGGGGAAGAGGAUCAUCCAAAUUUCACUUUGGAAGAACAUCGUAAUGAUUCUAAGAGAAUAGAGUACAUGGAAGAUCACAUAGAGGCCAUGUUAGCAGCAAUAAGGAAAGGAGCAGAUGUGAGGGGAUACUUUGCGUGGUCCUUGCUAGACAACUUCGAAUGGAUAUAUGGAUACACCGUAAGAUAUGGAUUUCACCAUGUGGAUUAUGCCACGCUGAAGAGAACUCCAAGAUUAUCAGCAAGUUGGUACAAGCAAUUCAUUGCAAAGAUUAAAGGCACCACAGGGCUAGAAAAACUGGUACAGAACACUUGAGACGAAUAAAUAGCUUAUAACAUAAUGCAGAGUCUUAUCAGCUACAUUAGAAUUUAUGUUAUCUUAUCACUAUCAGUGCUUCAGUCUUUAAGCUCUUGGCCUAAGAACCCCAUAUGUUAAACAACAUUGACAACAACUCAACAAGUGACUUACCCAAGUUGCCUUUCA